CAAAACGCUUCAGCUGCUCCGGCGCUGCCGCACAAAGCCGCAGCGGAUUCGGAUAAAAAACGCGCUCCGGUGCUCGGAUUAUACUCGUUACAUCUGAUUAUACCUUCUGAUACCACCGAUGCUGAUCGGAUACCGUGAUUCUUGAUCGACACUCUGGCAUCAUGAGUGGGCUUCUCAAGAGGAAGUUUGAGGAGGUGGAGGAGGACCAGUGCUACUCCUCAUCCUCUCCCUCAUCUCUCUCCUCCUCCGCCUACUCAGGAUGGGACUCGGACAGCGAGAGCUGCUACUCGGACACCUUGGACUCUACGCCCAGUAACCCGAGCUCGCCGGCAGCGUCGACCAGCACCACCUCUAUCCUAAAAAAGACCAAACGUCCACGAAGGGGCAACGUGCAGUUCGACCAGGUGACGGUCUUCUUCUUUCCGCGGUGCCAGGGCUUCACCAGCGUACCCAGCCGAGGUGGAUGUACGCUCGGCAUGGUGCAGAGACACAGUGCCCAGCGCCACUACACGCUCUCCGAGUUCGCCGUCGAACAGCAGCAUCUGCGCCUAGAGAAGCUCAAGAACAGGAUGAAGGAGGAGAAGCUGGAGGCUCUCAAACAGAAGCUGACUAAGAACGGCACCCAGGAGUCUGAGGAGGCAAACCAGCUCACCGUGGAUGAUAUCCCCGAGGAUGAGAUCGACCUUAGCGGUGUGAACCUGGACAGCGGGUCGUUCCUGCACCCCUACCCGUCCAAGAGGCGGCACGCCAUCCUCAAAGCGGCGGGCGUGAAGAAGAUCGACAAGGAGGAGAAGCGGCAACUGCACGAGCUGCGCAUGUUGCGUGAGGACUGUGGCUGUAACUGCCAGGGCUUCUGCGAGCCUGAAACCUGCAGCUGUAGUCUGGCGGGCAUCAAAUGUCAGAUGGAUCACUCGUCCUUCCCCUGUGGUUGCACCAAGGAUGGCUGUGGGAACACAGAGGGGCGCAUCGAAUUCAACCCCGGUCGUGUCCAGACCCACUACAUCCACACCAUCAUGAAGCUGGAACUGGAGAAGCGCCUGGAGGAGCACGCGGCCGAGAGCGAGGCCACUUCGAGAGAGCAGCCCGAGACGGGCGCCGACCGCGACGGGCCGAGCUUUCAUUUCAACUCCGAGUUAGCAGCGGCCGGAGAGAACAGCUGCAGCAGCGACAUGACGGACUCUUCUAGCUCUUCGGGUCAGAGCGAGGACUCCGAGGUGACGGACGGACCCGGGAGGGAACAGUCGCCCUUAGGCGUGGACGAGAACGGACUGGCGGAGAUCUUGAGCUUCAGCGACACGGAUAGCGAGGAGUGCGCAGAACAAAGCGGCUACCAGGAGCAGAGACGGACCGAGUCGUCGUCUGUCGGGUACGGCCUCUUCGGUACUGUAGAACAACAAAGAGACUCCGGUACGGACAACAGGGCGUCGUCUGUGCUUUUGGACGAAAACGCAAAUCAAGGCAACGCGCUCUUUUACAGCGGAUCCGUACCCAACACGCCGUCUCCUAGCAUCAACAGUGCGGCCAGUUACAUGGACCUGAGCCUCUCCUCUGAGUCCGAUCUGGAGUUCUUUGACGGGUUUCCGUGUCUGGGACCGAGCUCGCUGUACAACUCGCUCAAGGAGUACGAGCAUCUGGAUAACUUCUUUCAUUUCCAGCUGCCCAGCUUUCCACAAGCGAACGACCCAGGCACUGGCAUCCUGGAGUCUCUAAUCGGCCUGUCGGAAUCUGUCCCGGAACCCCCACAGCCUACCUUCACAGACAAUCAAAUGCUGGAGGAAGCCAUUAAGCUGUCCGUGAUGGAGUACGUUAAAGUUUAAAGGGUGAAGCUGAUGAUCAAAUAACACUAUGAUUAUAAAAGAUUAUAAAACGGCGAAACAGCUUUAAUGUAUUUUCAUUUUUGUUAUUUAUAUGAGGGCGGGGUUGGGGGCUCUGCGGAAGUUGCCUUUAAAACGUGAGCAGUCUUAGAAAUGCCUUUUAAGCGGCGACUAAUAUUUGGGGUAAAGAAAAUAUUUGUACAUACGGCCAAGAACGUCGAGUUGAAUUUUUCACCCACAUUGGUGUAUUAAAAAUUAUUUAUAUUAACUUAAAAUGGGGCACAGAUGGGAGUCGAAUUAAAAAUAAAAUGCUGAUUAUGAUUAUGCACCUCAGGGACUUUUUCUAGCUUUUAAAAGCAAUGUAUCGUGACCAUACGUCGCUGUGAUGGACCCUAUUCGGCUAUUUUGAGAAACGUCACUGAAAUUCGCGCAGCAUUUUAAAUAAAGACCGUUCUGGGUUUGUUCUGUUCACUCAUGUUUGUAAGGUUUGAACGUUAAUCACGAAGCUAGAGGAAGACUUCACCUGUUCCUGUUUCACUAAAUCACAAAAUGGCUCGUCGGGAUCGAUAACGAAUGAUUGGUACACGAAUCUCCCGCCGAAGGCUCCUCGAUUAGCACUUUAUCUGUAAAAAUCUGAAUAAAACUCGAGUGGGGGGCAAAAGGGGGUCGGAGACGUGAUCCUUCCUUCGCAUUAAGAGUUAAAAGUUGCACCGUGUUUUGGUGUCCGGGUCUGCAGCAGCAUUUGUGUUAUUUAUGGACACGCCUAGAAUAUCUCAGUUGAAUACUCAUGAGAUAACUGUGAUAUCUAUUUACCAUUUCUGCUUUAUUUAUUCUUUUAUUAAUUCAGUCCGAGUUAUUUAUUUAUCUCCGAAACACCAACUGAAUAUCUGAGCCGCCCUGCGCUCUCUCUCGCAGCUGUAAUGUAAGAUAUGUCAAGCUGUCUGUCCAUUCAACCUGUGUUGAGCAAAUAUUUCAGAUCAAUGAUUUCACGUUUAUCAUUUUAAUAGUAUUCUAAUUUAUUAAGUAGUCGGGCAAUAAGUGGAGUUAUCAAGUUUACUCGAUGUGCCUGUUUAGAAGAGGAGCUGUCGCCAGAUUAGUGUAAAAAUGUUUUCCCUGUAUGAAAGAGUCAAAUCUGUCUGAUCUACCUACUCCUGAAGAUUAAAAUGAUGCUUCGGUCACGUUGUGGACCAUUACGUUGCCUAAAAUAUAGAGAAUUACACUAAAAUUUUCUAACAAAUUGAUGUAGAUGUAAGAGAAUUCUAAUCUCUAUGAAUGGAAGCUAUUUUAUUAAUAAUAAUAAAGUUACAAGGUUCUUUAAAAUAUUAAAACACGUUUGUAAUAUAUGAAUAUAGAUGAACAUAGUUAUACUUACUAAAUCUAUUCUGGCCAGAAGAUAUUUCAUAUUUGUGAAGCCUGAUUGAGCUGAAGUCAGAGUGACUGUGCUAAGCUAAAUCUGAUUGUACUUACAAUGUUUUGGCAAAAAUUUACUGAUCACACACAUUGUGAAUAUUAAUGAUUAGUUUCAAUCUUAUUGAUAAGUUAUGCAUAUAUUAUGCAAAAUAUAUUAUGCAAGGAAAUUUACCCUUUGUUACUUAUAUCCUUUAACUCUAAAUAAAGGUGGUGAGGUUGUGUUAUCUUUAAAGGACCAAAUAAAUAAGUACAAACCUGGAGUUGUACAUCUGCCACCACCCACACACCCACACUUGGUUCAGUAUGUUGGUUCAGUAUGUUGGUUCAGUAUGUUGGUUCAGCGUUAUAAACUGAUUGCAUGUGAUUCAUGCACAUUUUCGUCCUCGUUUAUGCUUUGCGAGAGCAACGAUGCACAAUCAGAGACGUAUUUGCUUUUUGCCUUCGUGUGCUGGUCUUCAGAACACAGAAUCCGUUUUCAUUCUGGAGAGGACACUGCUUUCUGCAGGUGUGCCUUAUUUCCUUGUAUAAAAUGUAUCACUCCCUAUGAAGAAAUGGAAAACGAUGGGUAUUUAUUAGUCCUAAUUAUUGUGUUUUGAUCUAUGCUUUUGAAAGUGUUUUUUUUUUUAAUUAUUAUUAUUAUUAUUAUUUCAAUCUUUGUUGUACAUAUUUUCUGCUUAAUGGUACUACAGAGCAAACGAUGCUGCUUUUUUAUAUUUUCACGCCUGACAUUUUGAAGCUGUUUAUUUUAGUCGACUGACAGUAGUUUGUCCUUUCACAAUAAAACUUCAGCUUUUUCUUAAA